UCAGAGCUUACAUAGAGAUGAGGUGUGUUGCUCUCUGAUGAGAAGGGAGCUGCCAGGGACACUGCACGUCUGGCUCGGGCUUUUCACCACAGACCAAGUCUGGGGACUACAGAGAGUUAUUUGUUGGCAUUUUCAGCACAUGGGGCCACCAGAAAGGCAAGGACACCUACACUUGUGCUUGUUUUCUAUGUCACAUAGUAAAUGGACUUUAUUUUGACAAUUUUGAUUACUGGGGCCAUUUUAUAGGGAUGUCGUGGGAGUAAAUAAGACACUUCGGUGUUUAUAUUCAUAUACAUAUUUAUAUUUACAUACACUUGAAUUCCUUGGCAGAAAGUUUUCAAGCACACUGAAGAAUGUUUCAGAUGUUUAAAGAAUGGUUUUGGUUGGAACAGUUCUGGCUUCCUCCAACAAUAAAGUGGUCAGAUCUUGAAGAUCACAAUGGACUCGUCUUUGUUAAGCCCUCUCAUUUAUAUAUGACAAUUCCAUAUGCCGUAGCCUUGCUGAUUGUCAGACAUUUCUUUGAAAAGAUUAUUGCUGCACCUCUAGCAAGAAGAUUAGGCAUCAAAGAAGAAGUUCGAACAAAGUUUGUGCCAAAUGCCAUUUUAGAGAAUUAUUUCAAACAUUCUGCAAGUUGCCCAUCUCAGACUGAUAUUUAUGGACUAGCAAAGAAGUGCAACUUGACAGAGCGCCAGGUUGAAAGAUGGUUUAGAAGUCGGCGGAGUCAAAACAGACCUUGCAGGAUGAAGAAAUUCCAGGAAGCUUGUUGGCGAUGUGCAUUUUACUUAGGCAUUACCAUUGCUGGGAUUGCAUUUCUUUAUGAUAAACCUUGGGUAUAUGACCUCUGGGAGGUUUGGAAUGGCUACCCCAGACAGCCCUUGCUGCCAUCCCAGUACUGGUAUUACAUUUUGGAGAUGAGUUUUUACUGGUCUCUCUUAUUUAGCCUUGGCUAUGAUACCAAGAGAAAGGAUUUUCUAGCUCAUGUCAUCCACCACCUGGCUGCUAUUAGUUUGAUGAGCUUCUCUUGGUGCGCUAAUUAUAUUCGCAGUGGGACCCUUGUGAUGAUCGUGCAUGAUGUGGCUGACAUGUGGCUGGAGUCUGCCAAGAUGUUUUCCUAUGUGGGAUGGACACAAACCUGUAACAUCCUGUUUUUAAUCUUCUCUGUCAUAUUCUUCAUCAGUCGCUUCAUUGUUUUUCCCUUCUGGAUUCUGCAUUGCACGCUGAUCAUGCCUCUGUACUACCUUGAGCCUUUCUUUUCAUACAUCUUCCUCAACUUACAACUCAUGCUCCUACAAGGCCUUCAUGUAUACUGGGGCUAUUUCAUCAUGAAGAUGCUCAAAAGAUGUUUAUUCUCGGAGAGCAUACAGGAUGUGAGAAGUGAUGAUGAAGAUGAUGAGUUUGAAGAAGAGGAAGAGGAAGAGGAAAAAGAGGCCACCAAAGGCAAAGAGAGAGACUCUUUGAAAAAUGGCCUUGAGGGCAACAGACACCUCAUUCCCAAUGGUCAGCAUGGCCGUUAGUGCAAAGCCCACUUCUUGCUGGGGUACAGUGCACUGCAAGGAACACUGGACCCACAGAGAACCCACACCCUACCAUCCCUCUUUCUAACUCCAACUUCAUCCCCUACCUCUGCCCCCUAAUGUAUUUAACAAAAUGUUAACUUGUGUUAAAAUGUUAAAUAUAAGCAUCCACAUGGAUUUUGUCAUAGGA